CUCAUCAAUGGAAUAAAAAUCUCCACAUUGUUCAAUUAUAUUCCACACCGAUUCGUUCUCUUUCCACCCGCAUGGGAAUUUUUCUUUUGAAACUCCUCCGCAGGACUUUUUGUGCCCUUGUUUGUGACUUUGAGAAAGAAACUUUUUUUUUUUGAGAAGAAAAGCCUCAAAAGAACUUUUCUGUUAUGUAUGAGAUGACCCUCUGGGAGGGUAUUAAAAAUUCACCCAUAAAUACCUUCAAAGUUCACACAAAAAAUCAGGUAAAAAAUUCUCUGUGAAAAAAAGAGGGAAAUGACGUGAUUUUUUGCUGUUUGGCGAAAAAAAUAGCUGACUGAGAGUGAUUCAGAUGGGUACACAGAGUUAUGGAGAAAAGGUCCCAAAAAAAAACGAAAAAAGAGAGAAUGCAAAUGAAACUCACAAACGACUUGCUAAAUUUUCUUCAUCAUACACAACAACCCACUUGAAAAUGGGAAGCACACUGCUGGAGUCUGUGUGUCGCUCUCGGGCGAAUCAUCAUCAGUUCAAUUUCAUCUUCUUCGUUACCAUCUGGAGGGGUUGAUAAAUUCUCUGAAAGAUGUGAUUUCCUAAACGAAUUAAAAUUCCUUUAUAAUUUUUUUAUAACUUUCAAUCAAUAAUUAAAUAUUGGGUGCGAAUAAACAAUUUUUUAAAGCAUUUCCUUAACAUUCAGAAUGCAGAAAGAGUGUCAAUACGCUGAAAGAUAAUUGAAAUUAAAGAAAUUCGUCAAUAAAAUAAACAUACUUCGUUAAGCUUUGUAGGAAAAAAUAAUAUAUAGUCAAAGCUUUUCCAGAGCUUUCCUUCAAAUUUCUUUUUCAAAUGCGUUUAGUUUGAUCUCCUUUGCAUCUCUCAGCAUCCUCUGCAGCCUUAUUUAUUUGUAAACAGAAUUUUAAAUGAAUUAUCAACCCCCCUUGGUCGGCGUCAUCUGCAAGUUCUCCCAGCUCUUUCGCACUCAUGCUAUUGAAUUUGAGUGCGGUUCAGGUAAGAAACUGAAAACACGUUUGAAGUGCCUUCCAAGUGUGUGAGACUCCACACAACACAACAACCUCCAAGACAAAAUUCCAAACCUCGAGAUCAUCUUGAGCACUGAAUCUUCAGUUGCAACAAGAACGUCGCGCCAAGCAAACAUUUCUUGUGCGGUCAUCGUUGUGUUUUGUAUGGAAAAUCAUUGAGUGAAUAUUUUUUGAAGAAUUCCCCUCGCAAGACGAUUAUUUAGUGAUCACAAGAGCAUUUGAACAGAAGUAGAUUUGUCUGUGCUCCCGCAGAAAAAAAACGAAAGAAUAAGCAGCAACAGCUAUUUUGCAAGGUGCUAAAGAUGCGCAGAAAUGUUCCUGAAAACGAUUAAGGUGUGGUGGCUACAGUGAUUGCUGCAAGAAGAAUAAAAAAUGGCUUCAUCUCAGGACCAUCACAGUGAACUCUCAACACCAUCCGUUGGGGAUGCAGCUGUGUAUGGGGCACAGCAGUUGACUGCGCCUCAGGAACAGCAUCCCUGCACGUGCUCCCACCACCAUCAUCAUCAACAAGCACACUUCCAUGCUGCCUCGCACCAUCAUCACCAUCCACCCCAUCGCUGUGACAGUGCAAGUGGGCUGCAGGAUGCCAUUAUCCAUCCCUAUGGGUGCUCCGGAGCACCAAGUCUCAUUUCUGCCACGGCUGGGGGGAAUUGCGACUGCCCCGGAGACAUGCAAACCGCUUGUAUGCAUCAGGAGCCAAAUAGUGGACGGAGUUCGCGGAUAAUGUCGGCAGAUGAGAAUAAUCCCAGCGGCUCUGAUGAUUCAGGGCGAAAGUGCUCAACCCGUGCAACCAUGAGCGGAGCUCUCUUGGAUGAUAAUCGGAUGUGUUCACAUGUGAGGAAAGAAUGUAGCCAGGUGGCGGGAAAUGUGCGCCCUCAGACUCCGGAGGAGCGAAAGUACGCAAGCAGAAUUGAGGUGUACAGCGAUGGAACGGAUUCGGGGGUUAAGAUAGAUGGGACAACGUCAGAGGAUGAUCAGAGACCCCCAUUGCCGCCUAGACCACCCCGCCCACGCACAACAAUAGCCCCCAGGAUUAAUAAUUCGGCUCCACAUUCAGCUGGGAACCGGAAAUACAUCGCUUGGUGCGCUAUUUGUGGCAUUUCAUCCUCCCUCGUGGGCAUGCUCUUCCUCCCAGUGCACUUCACCUUGAGGACACAUACUAGUACAAUGUCAUACUUCGAGACCAUCCCAACGUUUGUUCCUGCCACACUGCUCAUGCUGACCGGACUGUGUGUUAUAAGUUUAGCAAAGAGACGCAAUCGAUAUAGUUAUUUGAUUAAACUGACUGGAGCUUGUGCCCUGGCAUCGGCACUCACGUGUGCCCUUGUCACGGUGACGACAACUGUACUCCACAUGAGUCGCCUCCAGGCGCUACGGGAGUGCGAGUAUCAAGCAAAAACGCGCACGUGCACCUGCUAUUCGGUUGUGAUGGACUCCCAGGUUGAGGAAGUUGAUGAAGGAGUUCGUUUUGUCUUUGAGGCCGCAUCAGACUGUGGCAUCGUGCACGGAUCCCUCUAUUCUUGCCUCAGGGCUGUUUUUGGCCUCUCCGUAGCUGGAGUCCUUGUCUCCGUGUUUACGUGCAUGCUGGGCUAUCAGCUUCUCUGCCACGAGCGCAAGAAUAUGUACUGGGAACAGCUGGAACUUCGCUGUAGAUCCCUCUACACGGGUCAACCACCACCACCGGGAGUUCCUCCGGGGGCGGGACCUUCCAUCAUAGGUACCCCACGUGGUGGUCCGUGUCGUUGCUGCGAGCAAUGUCACUCCCACCGAAGUGCUAUGCCAUCAGCCUAUCCCUGGGAUGGAGAUGGGCGCUUCUGGACACCUGGGCAGGCGGGAAACUUCUAUUCCCCCAAUCCGGGGGGUGAUGAACUCGUGGGUGGUGUGAGGAAUUUAGGUCAAGUACCAGGACCGCGAAAUCGUGCUCCAGGCGGAUGGAGUUGGCCCCGAAUGCCGUGGCAGAGAAAUGAACCACAGCGCUUCCGGCAAACCCCCUCAAGUCCCGAUUCGCAGUAUGGUUUCAGCAACACCCCAGCUGUGGAGAUAAAUCAGAACAAUCCUGCCGCCAAUGGGGGGUACAGUGUCAUCGGGGGGCCUCCGUAUGGCGUAUGGGGUCCACCACCACCAUACAGUGACCCAAAUAGCCCAGCACGACGCGGAAGGUACCAAUACAUUCAUCCCAAUGCCUGCCAGCAGAUCAUAGAGCAGCAGCAGCAGCCCAAUUUAGCUAUUCUUGAGUGUCAUCAGCACAGCUCUUCGACUGAUAGCCACUCAAUGGAACCCUACUGUCCGCAGCAGCAAGCCCAUCGGAAUCUCCUGAAGCGCCAAGCUCAAGCAACGGCAUUCAAGACAAAGGAUAACUACGAGAACACCCCAUCGGAUAGUGAUGGACCACGCGACAGAUUCUCCAACACACUACCCGUGAGGAAGACGAAAAAACGCGUGGAAAUGGGCGCCAAGAGUAUUGGAUCCAAUCAACCUGUAACGAGGAUCAAUGUGCAGAAUGUCUUUAGUGGACCACAACAGGAAUUGAUGCAUCCGGCUGAGAAUGAAUAUCACGAACCAGGAGCUUCCACUUCAGCUGGAGACGGCACUCAAAUGCCCAACACAAGUCACGCAAAGACGCGACGCAUUAAGACUGGAGUGGAGAAUUCGGGUUUUCAGAAUCAAGUUGAUCCCAACAUAGCUGAGACCCACGAAGGCAGUGGGAAUGGUAUGAAGGCAAUGGAACCAACGGAAUCUGAAGUUUACUUUGCCGAUGUGAGUAGUUGCUGCAACAUCUCCGUGAAGAAUGACAAUUACUACGAGGAUGCCAAUCAACGGCGAAAGGAGCUGAAGGAAGCCAAGGAGGAGGCUGAGGAUUAUCUGGCACAGAGAUUUGGGAAACGCGAAACAAGUAUCCGGAGUCGUUUGCCAUUCCCGCAAAUGAUCCCCGAGGAUUAUGUGGAGAAGCGCAUGGUGGUGGCACCCCCAAGGCCAUCAUUGAUGCACAAGGAUAUAUCGCGGCAGAGCAUGUGCUCAGCAGAUUCGGGGGAAAAGACUGAUUUCACUGAUCUCUCCCCGGCAACACCGAGUGCCGCCUUUGGUGUUCUCCCGGGCACGAGUACUGGGGCCUACAGGGACUUUAAUGAGUCUUCCACGACAAACUUCGUCGCAUCCUUCCCGUACUCAUCGAAUGAGCAGAGCCAGGAAGCGCAUCGGCGUUCCACGAAGAAUCUCCAGCAGGAUGUUUUCCUCGCACCUGAUGCACAGUACGAGGUUAUCAAGGAGACAAAUCAAUUCGAGAAUACCCCCCUUACCCUCGGCUAUGAGCACCAUCACCCAGAUAUGGGUAACUACUCCAAACAGGCACACUUCCACAAACCAAAAUCACCCAAAAAUCUCAACAUAACUCCAAUUAAGCGACAAAAUAUUGGCACAAAUAUCAGUGCCAUCAUCCAGAAUUUGGGCGGAAGUGACGUCGGGCUCCUCUAUCCAGACAGCAGGCGUGAACCUGACCUCAUGGAAGUGAGUGCUGGGCAGGAGAUGCAGCAGAGUAUUGGGAAAUCCGAUGAGUGGAAUUCCGAUCAUAGCGAUCGACGAUUGUGAAAGGAGAUCUUCGUGUGAGAUGAAAUCCUUUUAGGCUAUAUAUAAAACAUUAUAUAGAAGACAGGUAGUUAAUGAAGAAAUUUUACUGAUGUAGGUAGUAAAUGUGAAUUUUGUCACGAAACCUCCAAGCCCAGAAUCCAUCCUUUACCACCCAUCCUCAUUAUGAAGAAAAAACCUCAGAAAAUCUGUACAGAAAAAUACAAUUUGGGGUGCUAUUUGGGCAGAAAUUAAGCAUUAAUGGGUUGAGUAAAAAAUUGAGUAAUAUUUGAGAUGGGAUUGUGUAUAAAAUAGAUUGAGAGGAAGGGGAAAAUUGUGAGGAAAAAUUAAUAAUUAUUUGAAUUAAGUUGUGUUAAAAUUAAACAGAAUAUUUGAGCCAGAUUUGCUCCAUAUUUUAUCCAUAUUUGAUCACUUAAUUUAAAGUUAAACUUUUUUUAAGAUUUAAAAUUUGAAAGAAAUCAAAAGAAUUGAAAGAUAAGCUGAAUGCUGAAAGAGAAAUUUGUUAUUUUUGUAGCUCAAUUUUUGCCCAAAUAUGGCCCAAAUGUAUGUCCCACGGUGGGAAUAUUUUAAGAGAUUCGUUAAAAUAUAAAAAUUCCUCCUUGCAUCCUAUUGUAUUAACUUGUUAUUCAAUGGUUCAAAAUUGAGCGAUAAUUUUACCCAUUUAAUGGAGAAAAAAAAAUGCCACCACCGAGUGUCCAUUGUGGUUUCCCCCUCGCGCAUUUCAUUGUGCACGUAUCAAUGGGAAAAAAUCUACACAGACAGGUCAGAAAAAUACCCCAGAGGGACAAUAAUAAAUUAACCAUUGAAAUAGGUGAAGUUUUACGUGGACAAAAAAUCCAUUAGUGUAUUUUUGUAGAGCUGCAAAAAGGAGAAAAGGUGGAAGCGAGAGAAUAAGGGAAUAUGAAAUGAAAAUUUUGUUUUUCACCUCAAAUUGGUCGUUUUGUUUGCUUGUGAACUACAUAAUAUACAUAUAUACGUAGGGUACUAAAUGAAGAGAGUUGGACUUUUAACAUCGAAGAUAGAUUUCUAUUAGAAUUUAUUUUUGACAAACUUUUACAAACUUUUCACAAAUUAUUUUUCUUUCAUAUUAUGUUUAAAUUAAAAUUUUAAAUGCCUGAAAAUCUUUAGAAAAUGAUUAAGUUGUUAAGAUUUGAAAGAGCUUAUUUCUUGUUAAUCUUUAAUGGAGAAGAAAGAACCAAUAAAAUGCUUAAAAUAAAGAAAAGUCUUCAAAGAAUUUUCCUCUUCAUUUCAGAGAAUUGAAGGCUAAAGAAAAUUAAUUAGACAUCCCAGAAGAAAAUCGAUUUUAAGUAGAGAAUCAAGUCCAACUCUUCUUUUUUGCAUAAGAGGUGUCGAAUUUUUAAUCCCUUCUGCCCGAAAAAUAUUUUCUCCAUUUUCUCCUGUUAUGUUCUUGUACAUAAAACACACAAACACACACAAACAGAGAAAAAAAAAUAGUAGAAAAUAAUAAUUGAAUGUACUGAAAGAGAUAUAAAAGCAGAAAAUAAAGAAAGAAAGAUGCAAAAA